AGAAGAGGCAGGGAGGCGAAAAAGUGACAGAAGCAAGAGAGAAAGGGAGAGAGGGGUGUUGAAGGAAGGAAGCGAAGAAGGCAAGAAGAGAGGGGUGCUAGGCGUGCUGGAGAGCCUCGGACGUCCGCCCGCCCGCAGGCGCCCCGGACCCGCAAGGGCGGCGCAAGACUUCCCCAGAGCGCAGUCAGCGCCGCGGCCCCGAAAGCUGGCGACAGGCGCUGCUGUCCUCCCGCCCCGUGGGGUCGCCCCUGCCCUCCCGCGCCCCGGGGCUGGGGGCGCCACCUUGCCAGCUCCGACUGCUGCAGGGAGCGCCAGGGGAGGAGUUUGGGAGAGAAUGAAUUGGACUGUGAGCCUUUCAUGAACUUCUCAAAAGAACAGGAACAUGAGGAGGCAAAAUGGUGAUGAAAACCCACAAUUCAAUCUACCACAAUAUGGUAUCCAUUUUUCAGCUAUAUUAAUCUUUUAAAACAAAGAAAAUGGAUUUCUUAAAUUCAUCUGAUCAAAACCUGACCUCAGAGGAACUGUUAAACAGAAUGCCAUCCAAAAUUCUGGUGUCCCUCACUCUCUCUGGGCUGGCACUGAUGACAACAACUAUCAACUCCCUUGUGAUCGCUGCAAUUAUUGUGACCCGGAAGCUGCACCAUCCAGCCAAUUAUUUAAUUUGUUCCCUUGCAGUCACAGAUUUUCUUGUGGCUGUCCUGGUGAUGCCCUUCAGCAUUGUGUAUAUUGUGAGAGAGAGCUGGAUUAUGGGGCAAGUGGUCUGUGACAUUUGGCUGAGUGUUGACAUUACCUGCUGCACGUGCUCCAUCUUGCAUCUCUCAGCUAUAGCUUUGGAUCGGUAUCGAGCAAUCACAGAUGCUGUUGAGUAUGCCAGGAAAAGGACUCCAAAGCAUGCUGGCAUUAUGAUUACAAUAGUUUGGAUUAUAUCUGUUUUUAUCUCUAUGCCUCCUCUAUUCUGGAGGCACCAAGGAACUAGCAGAGAUGAUGAAUGCAUCAUCAAGCACGACCACAUUGUUUCCACCAUUUACUCAACAUUUGGAGCUUUCUACAUCCCACUGGCAUUGAUUUUGAUCCUUUACUACAAAAUAUAUAGAGCAGCAAAGACAUUAUACCACAAGAGACAAGCAAGUAGGAUUGCAAAGGAGGAGGUGAAUGGCCAAGUCCUUUUGGAGAGUGGUGAGAAAAGCACUAAAUCGGUUUCCACACCCUAUGUACUAGAAAAGUCUUUAUCUGACCCAUCAACAGACUUUGAUAAAAUUCAUAGCACAGUGAGAAGUCUCAGGUCUGAAUUCAAGCAUGAGAAAUCUUGGAGAAGGCAAAAGAUCUCAGGUACAAGAGAACGGAAAGCAGCCACUACCCUGGGAUUAAUCUUGGGUGCAUUUGUAAUAUGUUGGCUUCCUUUUUUUGUAAAAGAAUUAGUUGUUAAUGUCUGUGAAAAAUGUAAAAUUUCUGAAGAAAUGUCCAAUUUUUUGACAUGGCUUGGAUAUCUCAAUUCCCUUAUAAAUCCACUGAUUUACACAAUCUUUAAUGAAGACUUCAAGAAAGCAUUCCAAAAACUUGUGCGAUGUCGAUGUUAGUUUUAAAAAUGUUUAUUAUUGAAGGAUGGGGGUUUUUGAGGGGAGGAGUAACUAGAUGAAUGCCAAAUAAUAAAACACUUAAGCUUUUGGAGGGAAAUCCAUGAAAACUGCUAAAUUGAUAAGGCUAUAAUUUAUAUUUUAAUAGCAAUGUGAAUAUAAAAUUUAUUGAUCACCAUUAUUCUAGGGUACUCAAAAUUAGAAAAUAAUUUAUGUAGGUUAUAAACAAUAUUUUGCCUAUGCAAUGUUCCUAAAAAGCCAACUGGAAAAAAAUAUAUAUAUAUAUACACAAUAUUAAUGACAAUAAUUUUCCAUGUUUAUGUCUUACAAUAAUUAUAGAGGAGUUUUCAAUUAACAACAUACCUCCCUCCAUAAUUUCUAUCUAGUCCUAUUGUUUUAUAAUAUAAUUCUAUUAUUUUGUAGAAGAAAAUAUAAUUCACCACAAAGUACACAUUUCUCCUGUCUCCAUUCUUGUCCCUUCUCCAUCUUACCUUGAGCAAAAGGGAGGGGGAAGGAGCAACUCUUACUUAGUGUGACUGGAGAAAAUGUAAAAAAGUCAGAGCUUGAAAUUGUCCUUGUGUUUAGGUAGCAAAGAGUAAUCAUAAAGUGGGUUAAGAACAGCAAAAUAAUUCAAUACUGAACUUGUGUGUAUUUAAUAUAUUAUGUUUGUUUGAUAUAAACUUCUAGAAUAUUAUCUUAUCCAUAUAUUAUCAGCAUUUGAAAUCAAAGCCUUACCUUAGUAACAAUAACUCAACAAAGGGGCAUGGGUGACGUUGUUAUAAUUGCUCCUUGUUUACUUAGGAAUCAAAUUUAAAGCACUAAAUAUCAUAGAUUACUCACCACAGUUAUUAUACUCUUAACAUCUUUUUAAAAGUAUAAAAUGUAUUUCAUUUCUGUUAAUGUUAAUAAGCCCAGUCACUAACUAAAUUGUCUGUGGUAUUCUGCACUUCAGUAUUUUCCAUACCUUUGAUUUGAACAUUAUUUCCCAUUUACUAGACAGAAUGUAACGGAAAUUUUUAGAACUUUCCCUUGACUUUAAAAUAUUUCUACUUUUCCAAUUGGUAGAAAUGAACAGGCAAAAAGACUCAUAUUACACUAAUUAAUAAAUGUACACACUUACAUAUAUUUUUGUAAUUAGUUACUCUACUAGUUCAGUGAGCCAAAGCAAUUCCGUAAGUUUUUCUUCCAUAUUUAUAUAAGGAUUUGAAAACAACAGAACCAUGAGUUUGAAAGGAUUUUAUUUUAUUUGAACCAGCGACGUCAUAGACUACCUUUGGGAAGACCUAUCGCCAACCAAGAUCAUUUGAAAAACAAUAUAUACCUUUCUUUAAGUCGUACCUUUAUGUGUGUUGUAAAUAUCCCUUCCUGAUGGCGUGCUUAAGAGUACAUUACAUCAAUUUUAUGUAUAUAUAGAUCUGUGACAAAUUACUCUCAAUCUAACAAACAUUUACACAGUUCCCAUUUUAUACAAGGCAUUGAGACAUAUACUAGAUAGAAGAUAUAGGAAAUAAUAAAAUACAGUUUUUUUCCUGAAUAUGUUUACAGUCUAAAAGGAGAAACAAGAAAAAUUAAAACUAUAAUAGAAAAGAGCAAACUAAAAUCUGGCAUGGAAGUUGUUUACACAGUUAUGAUGCUGCAGAGGAAAAACUGAUCGCAUCUUGUUUAGAAAAAUCAGAAAUAUUUCACAAAGAAUGUAUCUAGAACACAUGUCAAAUACACAGCACUGGGGCAAGAAAAAUGGAAGAGCACACUCCAGGCUGUGACAACAUCAGGAUACAAACUGCACCAUGCAAGUAUUUGGUGGGGCAUGUUCAUGAAAUAGCAAUGAGUUUGGCAACUAUUUAGAGCAAUAGAGGAAAAGGAGAUUAAAAGAAAAAUUGGGCAUCUUUGUGGCUGACUUUGAACGUCAGAAAAAAAGUCUACAGUCAAUUUUAUUGCUAACGAUGGGUAAUCACUGAUACUUUUAGCAAAAAUAUUACAAGUUUAGAGCGAAUCUAAACAAAAAAGAAAGAAAAAAAUGGAUCUGUCUCAAUUCCAUCAGAGAGAAAGCAGAGUUAUUAUUGAGAUAAUGACUUCCCAUUAGAAAGCAAAUCAGUAAUCCAGGCAAGAGGUGAUGAAGUCCUGAACUUGAUUCUAGCAAUAGGAAUAAAAAGAAAGAAACAGAUGAAAGAUGGUACGAAGAAGUACAAUCCUCAGGUUAUAAUAAAUUCUUUAAUAAGCAAGCAGAGGGAGAGACAUGAGUCACUGAGAUAACAUCCUUAACCAAAAUGAAGAACCCAGCGGAAAGGGCCUAUUGGUGAAACGGUUACUUCUUUUUUGGGUAUGUUAAACACAUAAAGAUAUGUCAGAGCUCACAGAUACUAAUGACCACCUCUGGCUCAAGCCACACUGACAGGUAGAUGAGGUUUCUCUCUGACCUCAAAACUGACAGGUAAACGAGUGUCCCAGCCAUCUCUUUUGUCCUCACUUCACUUGACCGCCCAAGGGCUCUUAUGCUAUGUUGACAGGCCAAAGCCGGCCAUAGUCCCUGUCAUUCUUUGCGUAUUUCUCUUUCCCUUCUCUUCUCACUCACCAAAAUUUAAUUCUGUGAUUUCUUCAUUCAAUGACUUUGCUGAAGUUAAAAUUAUCUGUUGAGUUAACUUAUUUAUACUCAUCUCUGAAAUUAUAUAUUUGUAUUGGGAAACUAAGAGACACAACCAAUCAACAACCCAAGGAGAGUGAGGCUCACCCAGAUACAGACACUGCCCUCUGAUCUGAGUUGGACUGACCCCCAAAUCUAGGAAAAUAAUGCUGUAAGUGACAAAGUCAUAGAUCCCUUCAGAGCUCAGAGGAGAAUCAAGUUUAUCAUUACUGUGUAUGAUCCAAAGAACCACAACAAAUUCCAAUUAUUAUCACUUCAUCUGUGUGUUUCCCCCACAUGCUGAGGGUGCAGAGCAUGCCUUCCUUCCUGAAAAAAAUAUGAAUAUGUAUAUUUAGUUAUUUUAUUUUAUUUUAUUGGGUCAGGGUCUCACUCUGUUGCCCAGGCUGGAGUGCAAUGGUGUGAUCUUGGCUCACUGCAACCUCCGCCUCCUGCGCUAAAGCCAUUCUCCCACCUCAGACUCCUCAGUAACUGGGACUACAGGCAUGCAUCACUGUACCUGGCUAAGUUAUCUGUCUUUUGUGGAGACGGGGUUUUACCAUGUUGUCCAGGUUGGUCUUGAACUCCUGAGCUCACUUGAUCCUCCCACCUCAGCCUCCAAAAGUGGUGGGAUUAUAGGUGUGAGCCACUGCAACCGGCCUAUUUUAUUUUUCUAGAGACAAAGUCUCAUUCUGUUGCCCAGGCUGGAGUGCAGUUGUGCAAUCACUGCUCACUGCAAUCUUGAACUCCUGGGGCUCAAGUGAUCCUCUCACCUCAGUCUCCCAAGUAGCUGGGACUACAGGCAUGCACCACCACCCUGGGACAAUUUUUUUUAUUUCUUAC